CCACUUUCACUGGUUGGCAAUGUAGCAUUGGUAAUAUUAGUAACAUUUUAGCAACUCCGUUUAAAAGUUCAGCCUUUAAAUUGUGUUUAUGAAAUUAUGACUCAUUACAUUUUAUGGUUAAGUCACUGUUACCGCUUUUAUUUUGAAAGAAUAUGACCGGAUGUUUUUUGUGUAGCGCGGAACAUGAAAUGUGCUAACAGUCAGCUAUUUGAAUGGGGAUUACGACUAUACCAUGUUAUAUUUCCUGAACAUAAUAUAAUACAGUGUAUGAAUAUAUUGACAUUAUUCUCUGAAAAGGCUCCACUACACUAUAGUGCUAUCUAGCUACCUUUACGGAUAAGCUAACGUUAGUUAGUUUGCUAGCUAGCUUAGCUAACUUGAACAAUGUAACUGCAGUUAAAGUUAGCUAAGUCAGCUAUCUAGCUAGCUUCUUGUGCUAACUAGCUAGCUAGCACAAGAAACCGACUAAAAGUCGAGUCAUGUUUAGAUUUUAUUUUUGUCACAAAAGCCGUUAAGUCGUAUGUAAAUAGACGCUUUAUUGUCCAAUGCUAUUUAAAAUAUGGACAAGUCUACCGUGUUGAACACAGCAGGUGGAGAGGGUGCAGAUACGUGUUUUAUCUGUCUGAGCCUCUUUGAAAAGCAAGCAGUGGCCUCUGUGGACAGCUGCCAGCAUGUCUUCUGCCUUGAAUGUAUUCUGCAGUGGUCCCAGACAGCCAACACCUGCCCAGUGGACCGGAGCCGUUUUGCUUUCAUCUACCACAGAUGGUGUCCUGGAGGGGACAUUCAAAAGAAGAUCAAAGUGAGGAUGAAGAAAAAGGAGGAUGAUGAUGAUGAAGUGGAGGGGAGCAAUGCUGUCAUCUGUGAGGAAUGUGGACGCAGCGACCGCAGGCACCGGCUGCUAGUGUGCAUCCACUGUGAUUCAGGGUGUCAUGUGGAGUGCUUGACACCAUCAUUAAACACAGGCCCUGACGGUGGCUGGAUGUGUGCUGAGUGUGCGCUCAGUCCUCAGCAUACAGACACCUCCGUGGUGGAGGGGGAGAUCAGUGAUGGAGAAUUAACAGACCUCCUAGCUGAAGCAAACGAAACUGGAUCUACCGGCGGUCGCCUUCGGCCCUCCACCGCAAAUCGUCCCAGCGGCUCCCGCGAACGACGACACAGCCAGAGGAUCCAGAGCAGGGCCAGCAGCAAUCCUCAUCCUCGCCCCCAAACCUCAUGGCAUGUGCCUAAAUACCUGUUAGGGGCAUCAACGCCUGCAGUCACAACAGCGCUACAUCCCAGUGAGACCAGCAGUGCGUCAGUCGCAUUAAAGAGGAGAAAAAGAAGGAAGCGUGCAACUUGAGCUCCUGAAGCUUCCGACGAUGACCGCACGGGGGCAGCAUUGUGUUAGCAGUCGGGUGAUGAGUUCCAGCCACAAACAUUGUGCCAAGGCACCUUUUGCUGUUGCUUUAUAUAUUUUAUUCUUUUACCAUGAUAUUUUUGUUUUCCUUUGAAAUAAUAAGGCUGGCAUUAUUCUAUAGUUUUCUUACUGUCAAUAAAUCCCAUGAAUAGACCAAACACAACAAAGCCCAUUCCUACUAAAAACAUACAUUUUACAAAAGAAUAGCUGUAAUUUGU